AACCAAGAAAGCUAGAAAGCUAGAAAGCAAGACAGCAAGACAGCAAGCAAGAAGCAGCAGCACCAUGCCCAAGAAACUAGAGGAUAUUGACAAAUGGGUGCUGGUAUUGUUUUUUCCGAUUUUCGUUCUGGACUACAUUUUGUCGCUGAUCUUGACGCCGCCCAAACAAGAUUUGAGCGAGAAAAAGUCCGUGGCCGUAGGUGAUGCUACAGAGACUCAUGGGGCCCCGCGUCGGAAUCCCGCUUCUCCCAAUGAGUUCAUUUCGAUCCUCAUGGGCAACACUACCGUAUACGAAAUGAUCCAAAUGGGUGUCAAAAAGAACGGGGAUCGCGUGGCCAUGAAGCACUUUCAAUUCUUGGGAAUGAAAAAACUCAAGGAAACCGAUCGAUUCCCUUCCAAAAUCUUCAAUUAUGACGACCCGGAUACCAUGGUGCAAGUCACCUACAAGCAACUUGGAGAAAACCUAACGAAUUUUGGAAAAGGAUUGCGUGAAAUUGGAAUGGAACCACAGCCACCACAUAGCAAUCAAGAAGAGUUCGAAAAGGCCACGGGCAAGUUUUCUUUGGUUAUCUUUGAAGAUACCUGCAAAGAAUGGACCACAGCAAUGCAGGGAGCCAUGGCACAAAGUAUGGUGGUUGCCACCUGCUAUGCCACCUUGGGACAUGAUGCCGUUGUCGGUGCCGUUAAUGAGACUCAAGCCUCGACGCUUUUUGUCAACUGGAAGCAAGUCGAGAGUUUCUACAAGGUAGCCGACAGCAUGCCCACUCUGACUACCAUUAUUGCAUCAACUCAUGAGAUGCCCAAGGAUGCCAAAAUUUGGAGUCCGCCUGAAGAUGAUAAUGGGAAAGUGCAAAUUGUGUCUUAUUUGGAUGUCAUCGAGAAGGGCAAGACCAGCGAAUACGAGGCAACUCCACCCAAGCCCUCCGAUAUCGCCGUGAUCAUGUACACAUCUGGUUCCACCGGAAAGCCCAAGGGAGUUGUCAUGAAACAUUCCAACUUGGUGGCAGGACUUGCAGGAAUGGUCACCAACGUUCAUGUUCGAGAAUCACAGGAAACCUUUGUAUCCUAUCUUCCACUGGCGCACAUUUUAGCCCUCCAAGUGGAAACCAUUCUGCUUACUAUGGGGGCCACCCUUUGUUACACGGAUGCUCGACAAAUCGCCAAAACCAUGCCACUGUUUAGCCCCACAAUCUUUGUAGGUGUGCCCAAGGUUUGGGAGCUACUUCAAGGUGGAUUGCAAAAGCAAAUGGACAAGGCUCCCGCGGCGCUCAAGACUGUGUUUGAUGUUCUAUUGGCUUGGAAGAUGGAUAUGCUCAAAAAGGACAUGGACACGCCUGUAUCCAACAAGUUCUUCGGAGUGAUCAGUACGAAAGUGUUCGGUCGAGAUCGCAUCGAGUUUGGAGUCACGGGAGGCGGUCCCAUGUCCGCAAGUCUACAGCUAUUUUGCCGUGCUGUGUUCAACUGCCCCAUCAUUCAAGGGUAUGCCUUGACGGAAACUUGCGCUGGCGGUUGCUUUCAGGCCACCAGCGAUCAACGAUCCGGAAUUGUGGGGCCCCCCAUGCCAUGCGUCGAAAUCAUUCUGCAGAGCGAGCCUGAAUUCAAGGACAGUGGCGGACUUCCCUACUUGCACACGGACACAAAGGGUGCAAAAGGAGAAGCUGUCAUUGGACGUGGCGAAAUCUGCUUUCGAGGUCCUUCCAUCACGGCGGGAUACUACAAAAACAAGGAAAAGACAGCGGAGGACUAUGAUGCCGAUGGCUUUUUCCACACGGGCGACAUUGGACAAUUCACCGCGGAUGGUGCGAUUCAAAUUGUGGAUCGCAAGAAGAACUUGGUCAAACUCAAGGGUGGCGAGUAUGUGGCUGUUGAGGCCAUGGAAACUGCCUUUGCAACCUCUCCCUACGUGACCAACUUGUGUGUUAUUGCAAACGGUGACCUAGAUGGACCAUUGGCCAUUGCGUGUACAGACAACCAAGCGCUGGAAAAAUGGGCCACGGAAUCUGGCAUCAAAUUUGACUCUGUCAACGAGCUCCCAGACAAGCCAGAGGUGCGCAAGGAGGUUGUCAGAUCGUUCGUUGCAGGCGGUAAAGAAGCGGGACUUGGAAAGCUGGAACUGCGUAUCAAAGACUGCGCCUUGAUUACUGAUGUUAUUUGGAUGCCUGGAAAUGGACUGACAGCAAGCAUGAAGCUGGAUCGUAAGAAGAUCUAUGACAUUCACGACAAGGAGCUGAAUGAGAUGUACAAACGAAACGGGGUGACCAUUUCAAGUUAGACAGCGGAACGGUGAAACGAAUGCAUGAAAUCCUGCUAGUAGAAGCCAUUGAUAGCCAAAUGAUCUUUUGAUCCCAGUAGCAGAGCAGACACUCGUCUGGCAAACCACUUAUUGUUCUACCGGUAAUGAAAACUUCACCAGAGCGAGUGCCCAACUCUUCUAUUGUAGUUCCGCUUCACCACGGGUCAUAGAGAGACAGCAUCAUGAAACAAGCAAAUUCCUGCAAACCGUUACAAAGUCCACUCGUAUCCUCCAUCAAAAAUCUCCCAUCUGCCUCCUUCGGGCCCUCUUUGGUUCAAUGAAUUUUGACGGCAAUGUCCAUGUCGGGCUGUUUUCUCUUGCCCGUGUCAUUGUCAUCUGAAUCAAUUACAAAAUUUGCCUGCAUGAGAAACGUGCUAUUGUCGUCUUCCUCUUCCACCGCACGCCGCAAAGGGUGCGGAUCGUGGAAACAUUUGGUAGAUUAACCUCAACCUUCCAUAGAUCCAAAGAGCCAUUUUUUAUCCAGCC